AUGGCAACGGAAGAGCAAGACAGCUCCUCGCGCAUUGCGGCGCUGUGUCAAAGAUUGGGACGACUAUGCUCAGAACAAGAAUUGGAAGUUUGGGAUGAUUUACCUUCCUCAGACAAGCUGAAAGAGUGUCGCCUUGUCCUGGUGGGUAAUAUAUUUACCAAUCCUGCUGUUAAUCUUCCUGCUUUACAAAUUGCGAUGAAGAAAGCAUGGCGUUUAGACCAGGUUGAUAUAUCCCUUUGUGACGGUGGCCUGUAUAUAGUCAAGUUUCGGUUAGAAAUUGAAAAACAGAGUACUUGCGGGAGUCCGUGGCUGUUCUCGGGACAUUUGUUUCAUUUCCAACCAUGGCGACCAAAUACGCCAUUACACUGCUAUGAGUUCUCUCACUGUGCCUUCUGGAUGCAUGUAAUGGGAUUACCUUUGGAGUGGAACACAGAACACAUUCUGCGUAAGGCAGUUAAGCAGGUAGGUCGUGUAAUCGAAGUUAAACCAGAUACUUCUGGAAGGGUCCGCAUACAACUUGAUUUGAAAGAAUCUUUAAGGACGGGGAAGCUCAUUCGUAUUGAAGGAAAGACAUUAUGGUUAGAUUUUCGCUAUGAGCGACUCUCACAUUUCUGCUAUUCGUGCGGGAAGCUAGGACACUAUGCGACAGCUUGUAAAGAAUAUCCUUAUGAGGAAGACAAACACGAUGCUUUAUCGAAACUCGCCUAUGGCCACUGGUUACGUGCGGAGGUUCGACAACAUAGCCCGUAUUGGGACACGUUCUAUAAUCCUCAGGAAUAUAAGAAGCAGAUGGAUGAAGCUGUACCUGAAACUCCCCCUGCCAUGCAAAUGCCAAUCCUAGCUCUGCCUCCAAUUGUGUCAGAUUCAGAAGCUCAAGCAACGACCCCCAUCAUCCCCUCAAGACCCUCUUCUAUGAUGGAAAUAGUCAAUCCCGCUCCAAGGACUACUGACUUGGUACCUGCCAUGGCAAAAUUGAAGAGUGUUCAGACUCCUUCCCGGAGAUUCCCAAGAAAAAAAAAAAAAGCCAACAAUUCUGAAAACGAAUAA